AUGUCAAAACUGAACAACUUGGACUUUACCGCCCUUAAUCUCUCGGGAGAUAAUUACUUUCAAUGGGCGUUGGAUGCUAAGAUCAUCCUAAAAUCAAAAGGGCUCGGUGAAUGUAUUGUUGAUGGCAAUGAAGAACCCGAUAAAAACAAGUAUAAGGCUAUACUCAUUAUUCGCCAUCACCUUGUGGAGAGUCUCAAGGAUCAGUACGUGACUAUUGAGAAUCCCUUGGACCUUUGGAACGAACUCAAAAAUCGUUAUGAUCACCAACGUACGGUGUUACUAGCAAAGGCCAUGUAUGAUUGGAGGAAUCUCAGCAUCCAGGAUUUUAAAUCCGUGCACGAAUAUAACUCGGCCAUGUUUAAGAUAGUCUCUAUCUUGAAACUGUGUGGAGAAGAGAUAAGUGAGAAGGAUAUGCUUGAGAAAACCUUCUCCACCUUCCACACAAGUAACCAAAACAAUGAAUUGCUAAUGGGAAAUAGCGAGAUGAGACCUCCCGGGACAGCCCCACUCCCUGAAGCCAAUGAUGUUGCAUCGGAUAAGAAAGAAGCCAAAGAGGCUCACCACGUCCAAAGAGAUAAUAAAACAUCCGGCCGUGGACGUGGUAAAUGGCAAGGACGUGACCGUAGUCACUUCUCCGGUCAUGGACAAGGUCGAGGCCGCGGGUAUCACGGCGGAAAAGGCCGUAGCCGUGGUACAUCUUCAAAACCGCAAAACCCGACCGGAAAAACUAUUUGCCAUAGAUGUGGGAUGGGGAACCAUUGGGCUAAGAAUUGUCGGACUCCCAAGUAUUUUGUUGACCUCUAUCAAGAGAGUAUCAAAGGGAAGAAUCCGUAA